GAGCAAAAGGAGGAACAUCGGCCAAAAUUCUGUGCGGAUGCUGGUGCUGGAAAUAGCAUCAUCACGACGCACCGCACCGUUGCAGUGCUCCGUCCCGGUACCCCUCAUCCAUCCGCCCUCAGCGAAAUUCCAUUCUACCGAGAAGCCCAGGCAUCCAAGAGCGCACCAUCACGGGCUUGGUGGAAUAAUAUAUUUAUCUCAUUGGUUUUCUGAAGGCAGAAGAGAAUAGCAAAAAAAAGGGCGGUCAUUGACGGUGCGGUACAUUUUCACUCUUAUUGGCAGUCGGUUGGUUUAGCGUCGACUAACUAAUGUUCGGCUCUCUCAGCACCUCGCACUAAGCACACUAUUUCGCCCUCCGCCUCCCAUAUUAUUUUCUACUACCACUACGACCACUACCUACCCGUAGACUGCCUUCGAUUCCUCGAAUCGCCUCGCCGCGGAGAGCCUACGGUCAACGAGACGACUCUGCUCUGCUCUGCUUCCUACUUAUCUUUCCCUUGUCUCUGUUCCUGCCUUCGACGCCCCCUCCAUCCUUUUCUUAUUGUCCCUCCAUCCGUCGCAGCUCCAGCAUCAUCGAACACGACAGAGAGAGAGAGACAAGCAGGACGUGCCACCCACUUCCCGACGCUCGACGCUUCGCCCGUCUCAAUUUCUGGUCCUGUCUCGUCAAACAACCUCACCCUCAAUCUCAUCUGUUGUUUGGUCGCCGGCCUUCAAAAGCACACUGCCAUUCUUCCGCCGGUCACAGAAUUCCUGGUUGUCCAUCCAUCGAGGUCCGUCGCUCCGCACAAACAAGCCCUUCAUAUCACACUUUUUAUGCUUCCCGCCGGUCGAUCAAUCGUCGCGCAUCUCUGCAAAACCUUUGGCCCUCCGCGCGCUCUGCCUGACCCUUUCCGCGCAUGUUGACGCCAUCAUCUUGCCUGCGAGAGCCAUCCAGCUAACCUUCUCCCUGCUCAGCAUAUUUUGCCAUCUGAGAAAUUCACCUUCAGUUGGUUGCCUGCGACGUCGGUGUCAUCAAUCCCGGUACGAAAUUGUUUCGAUCUACGCGAGCCCACCCAACACGUCCAACGUCACGGCUAGCACUUGAUCUCAACUUUCAUAUUUGCACGAAGAUUUUAGAUUUCCAACUUUUCGACGAUUGUGUUAUCGAAGUUCUUUCCCACAAUUUCACAACCGUUUUCGCGCGCGACCCCUCGAUCCAUUUCCAGAUCAAUCCCAUCGUCCUUGCCCGCACAAUAUCUGCAGCCUCCUAGCAACAAACUAAUUGGUUGGCGCAGUGCAAAAGAAGUGCGGAGAGGUAGUGUACACCUCUCCGGACAUCCAGAACUGGGAGGUGAUCAAGGUCGCCAACUGGUCUCUUUAUUGAGUCCAGCUUACCUGCUUCCAGGAAGCAAUUUUUAGUUACAUUCAUACACGAGUUCCUCCCGGGAUUCUCACAAUGAGUUCCACUACUUCCAGAUCAGCUGGAGAUGCGGCUUCAGCCCCACCAGUCUUCUCAUAUGCACAAGCUGCAAAAGGUCGUACUGUUGCGACUAGCUCAGGUGUUACCUCAACUCAGCCAACGUCUGGAGUUAGCACGCCCGCAAAGGGCACAAACUCAGCAAUCAAUACUCCUUCCGGUGGCUCCGUGUUAGGCGAGCAAAGUGUGAACGGCAGCAUUGAUACUUCUCACAAGAUGGACCAAGCCGGCGGGGGCAAUGCCGAACCAAAGGUCGCAAUGUCAGCAAAAUCCAUCUCACAGCCCGGCACCCCAAAUUUUGGUUCCUCAUCCACUUCAACACUUCCCAAGGAAGAAAAAGAUGAUUUUACAUUAGUUGGGGCGAGCGCAGUUGAGUCUACAAAGGAUCGCAAUUCAAACGCAGUCCAUACAGGAGAAAAGACUGGAGAAGCCACAGAGGGCAGAAGGGGUAAGAAGGGAAAAAAGCAAAAGAAUGCCGAGAGAGAGGCGGCUGAGAAGGAAAAGGAAAGAGAGGAAGCUAGACUUCAAGAGCAAUUGGUGCCAGCCCCACUGCCCGCAGUCAAUAUCUGGGCAAAGCGCAAGGAAGAAGCAGCAAAGAUCGCACCUCCUCCAGCAUCGACUGAACCUUCCAAUGCCAAUGAUAGUCCAAGAAGUCCCGAGGCAAAGAGACGUGGCAAGCCAAAUGGGGUCGAGGAUGGUGAUAAGGCAAUUGGUAGCGCACAGAAUGGCGGUAUCAAGGAUUCACCUAACACUGCUAAAGCACAAAAGAAGGCGAAUGAAGCAGCCAAUAAGUCCAAGGAGGACCAAAUACCAAAGCGUGCCGGGCCAAGGGGCAGUAGAGUUGGCGAAAAGGAAGAGAAGUCAGUAUCUGCUCAAUUGCCUCCACCAGUUGAAGAUGCGACAUCUUGGCCAACGCCUGAGACGGCAUUGGAGGAAGGGAAGCGCAAAGCCUACGAGAAGCUAGAAAAGGAAGAAAAGGAUGAUACCUCUUCCAACAAGCCGAGACCGAAAAAAGAGUGGCAGACCCUUCCAUAUGUUCCUUCAGUGUCAUUUAACACACCUCUACCUUCAAGGGGGGGUAGAGGUCGCGGUGGAGCUCGUGGUGGCCGAACAGAAGGAGGGCGAUCUUCGCACACCAAUGCUGCCGGCACAACUGGUGAUAAAGCGCAAAAUGGUUCAACUACUACCACUCCUUCGACAGUAGAGGCCGACAAACGAGUCAGCAGAGGUGAAGUCCCAAGAGCAGCAUCACUUCCACCAAAUUCGAAUAAGAGACCGUCCAGCGACCCUUCUGGCGCAAAAGACCAGAGAAAGCCUAUCGCUGCAUCAGCUGAAAAGCCAAGAGGUGGCAGAGAGUCGAAUAUCAGUGAUAUUCGAAAUACUUCGUACGGACAGCAGUCUUCAGAUAAUAGCCAGGAUCACCAAUUCACACGAGCCGAUCGGGGCUUCAGGUCCGAAGAAACUCAAAGCAGUCCAAUGGAUGAACAUGUUCACCAGAGAACUGGCGCCGAUCGUAGGAGUGAGUCGAACCUGCGAGGAUAUGAGCAAACCAAGGAUCAUCAUCGUGAGAGAGCUGAUGGUCGAUCAGACCGUGGCAGAGGAGGUUUCCGUGGUCGGGGUAAUCACAACUCCCAGAAUGGUCAGCAGCACCCUGCCCAUCUUUAUACCAAUGACCAUGGCCCCCAACAAGCCAACGGUUACCCAGUUCGACAAGGUUCCGGCCCUUAUAGCCCUCCUCCUCAAGCAUCCGCGUUCAAUAACCAAUACUCGGUUCCACCUUCUAGAGGCCGCGGUGGUUCUCGAACACAAAGCAUACCAAACAGUGCCAUGUAUGGUCGGUACCCCCAGAGUGGACCCAACCAACACAUGAGCCCCAUCACAGCCUCCUACGACUUCCAACCCAUGCAACCAAUGAGCGCACCACCAUACAAUCCGUAUAUGGAUCAAAGUGCUGUUAUUUCUAUGGUAAAGAUGCAAUUGGAGUACUACUUUUCCAUUGACAAUCUUUGCAAAGAUGUCUAUUUGAGAAAGCACAUGGAUAGUCAAGGAUUUGUCUUUUUGACAUUUAUAUCAUCUUUCAAACGAAUCCAAGCUCUCACUCAAGACUUCAGCUUACUAUACAUCGCCUGCCAGGACUCGGAUAUUCUUUACCUUAUUCGAGGUGAUGAUGGUAAUGAUCGAUUGCGAAGAAGAGACGGCUGGGAAAAAUGGAUAUUACCAAUGGAGGAUAGAGAUGAGUCUGUAAGAAAUGCAGGACCUCAGUAUCACCAUCCCGCCCCUCCUCGAUCUCAGUUGAUGGAUCCCAUGAUGUAUCCAGGAAACCCAGCGAUGUCACCCCCUCCUUUCUCUCCAAAUGGAACCGAGGCUAGUUUUAGAACUUUUGGCAAUGGCGUCUCUGCUCCAUCUGCCAUGAGUGACAUGAACGGAAUGCAUGGAAUGAACGGCAACGGUCAUGUUUACCACCCCGAAACUCCACUUUCAGCUGCCGUUCCUGAUUUUGCCCCAGGCUUAAUGAACGGAAAUGGUUCUGCCGACCCCCUCGAGCUGGAAAGCACUUUCGGUGACAUUGAAGUCGCAAACUUGACUCUUGUCUUCUCGCCUCAUAAGUCUUCAGGUGAUUAUAAACCCAAGCGCACUUCGGCAUCCAGAACUUUUUCCAACGGUUCCAUUGAUGGAAAAUCGAUAGCUGAAGCUAUAGAUGAUGGCUGUCAGGGUCGUACAUUGACCAAUGGGUCUCGGGGUUCUGAAGCGUAAGAUCAUCCGACCUGCUGUAUCAACAAUCUCUAACUCGGUAAUGUGUAGCUCUCCAGAAUCUCUUCGCGGUUCACGAAGUCCCUUCGGUCCUUCUUCACCUACCUACAGUAGCAGCCCUCCUGUUAUGUGGGUUAAAGGUCAACGUCAACAAGCUCCAGUUGCAGAGCACAAUUCACGUGAAUCAUACACCUCGUUCCGUGCCCGUGCGUUGAAAAAUCGAGAUAUGACCGCUGCUGGCGAGACACACCCUGAUAUGAAACUCCUUUACGAAUUCUGGUCACAUUUCCUAUGCCGCAAUUUUAAUAUUGGGAUGUACUCGGAGUUCCGUCAGUAUGCUUUCGAAGAUGCUUCAGUGAAGGCUACCAAUGGACUGAAAAACUUGAUCUCUUAUUAUGACGAGGUCUUGAACAGCAAGAAGAAGGUGAUUCCCGAAACCUUGGCUCGUCAUUACGUCGAUCUCGUGAAGGCCGAGGAUUCUGAUGAUAGACCAGCCUUCCAACGACUUCGAGCGGCCUGGCGAAAUGGUGCUCUGGACAUGAAGAGCAGAAAGAAGAUUGAUAAUUAUGUCGAUGCGGAGUUGCGGGAGGAAUUAGAGAGAGGACCAAAGCAAAAGUCCGACAUGUCGUGAUGAGUUGAAGAACGAUUUUGGCUCUUACACCUUUGGUCCUCCUGUCCGCGAGCUGUUUUCCGCUGAUGUUGUCUGGGGAUUUCUCGGACAAAAUCCUACUUCGCUCAACCUGGAUGGCGUUGGCCGUCCAUUCUUUUGGCAAAAAUCGGUCCUCACUAAUGAUGAUUUGCUGAUAGGCAAAUGGUUUUGUGUUGGGCACUAUACCACGAUUGUAUCUAUGAGUUUUGUUUUGUGUUAUCCCAGGCGUUUAAGAGGGGCUCAACAGAAGAUUGGAGAUCUUUACGGAAUCUUCUCGCUGGGUUCAUCCUCCGCUUAUCGAGCAUGAGCAUGGCUUUUCCUUACAUCGACCUUGUUUUGUUGCUCUUUUUUUUAAUUGUUCAUAUUUUCCGGCAAAAAAAGCCUGCUUCUUUUUUUCGGCCCCACCAGCUCUUUCAUUCCAAAAGUUUUCGGGCAGACUCUGCUUCCCGUCAGGCGUAAUGCUUUCAUCUGAAUAAUGGCCUUACAUGCACGCAAUGCUCGGGAAUCCAUGGUUUCUCAUCUCUCCUACUCAAAAUAUUUCGCUUCUUAUUACGAUGCGCUCUAGUGGUUUCUAGGGCGACUUCGUCGCUUGUGGGGAGGGAGGAAGGGAGUCUGCUACAUAUCAUAGAGAGAGAGAAGAACAACCAACCCUGCUUGAUUGUAUCAUAGCAAAUCAUAGCAAGAAAAUUGAAAUACUUCAUGCGA